GCUAGUACUAUUCCCUAGGAAGCAACUUCUCUGCGAUUGGCCAUUGGUUCGAUCUACGUAACUUCGCUUCAAUGACGAUGUCGCACGUUGUGCCGCUAAAAUGAACACACCUGAUUAAUUCGAGUGCGCAACCGAGUGACAUAUCGUCACGACUCCAAUCUCCCGCAUGUGUCGUAUCAAACAUGGCGACGUCCGUGGUAGCGAAGGAUCUCAACACUUUUCUCAGUCAAAAGCAAAAUGUUGCCGAUAAAGAAUUGGCUACGGAGUGGGCGCAGCUGGAGGAGCUGUACAGCAAACGGCUUUGGCAUCAGUUGACGCUAAAAUUGGAGACGUUUGUGAAGAACCCGGCGCUUCAGCAAGGAGACAAUCUCGUGCAAUUAUACGUCAACUUUUUGUCCACUUUUGAGAAUAAGAUAAAUCCAUUGUCAUUGGUGGAGAUACUGGCACAUGUGAUACAACAGUUCCAAGAUAAGCAGGAAGCGAUUAAAUUCUUGGAGAAAACCGAGGCUAAGGUUCAAAGCAACAAUGAGGCGAUUGCGCUUUGUAAGGUUCUUAAGGGACAGAUUUUAUUGGAUAAGCUGAACAAUCAGGAUCAAGCCAGGAAGAUCAUAGAGGAGGUAGAGGCUAUGCUGGAUAAUGCAGACGGCGUUACGACAGUUCACGGGCGUUUUUAUCUUCUAGCAAGCCGAUUGUAUAGAUUACAGGGCAAGCACGCGGAGUAUUACCGUACAGCGUUGAGAUACCUAGGUUGCAUAGAGCUCAACAGUCUAAGCAGGCAAGAGCAAGAACAACACGCCUUCUUCCUCGGGCUCGCGGCGCUCUUAGGCGAGGGCGUGUACAAUCUCGGAGAGUUGCUCGCGCACCCGGUCUUAGAAUCUUUAAAAGGCACGCCGAACAACUGGCUCGUCGACCUACUGCAGGCAUUUAAUGCCGGCGACAUCGUUGCGUUGGAGAGAUUGAAGCCGCAGUGGAGCAAGGUGGCCGACCUAGCGGCGCAAGAAUUAAAACUGCGACAGAAGAUCUCCCUGCUAUGCCUCAUGGAAAUGACUUUCAAACGGCAAGCCAACAAUCGACAACUGACAUUUGCGGAGAUUUCUCAGGAGACGCGUCUGCCGCUCGGUGAAGUGGAGCUGCUGGUGAUGAAAGCUCUCGCUCAGGGUCUCGUACGAGGAGCUAUCGAUCAAGUGGCUGGUACCGUCAACAUGACGUGGGUGCAGCCGCGUGUUCUAGAUCGCAGUCAGAUCGCCGGCAUGGUACAACGUCUCGACGGAUGGUGCAAAGACGUUAGUUCAAUGGAGAAACUGUUGGAAUCCAGGGCCUCUGAGAUCCUCACUCUCUGAAGGUUCUCUCCAUCGUCGACUUAUUGGUUUGUUAAAACGCUAAUUCUUCAUAUAUUAACACAAUUGUAAGAUCAGUUUCUUAAGAUGCCGUCAAUAAACGAUUAUUUCU